AUGGAUUUAUCACUACAAGUAUAUGACUCCUCACAGUUUUGUUAUCCUUCAGUGAAUAACUCUUGUGUUAAAGGCACAGACAGUGUAAUCACACAGACCGUGUUGUAUCUCAUACUGGUGUCAGCGAUCCUUGUCACUAUUUUAGGAAAUUCGGUGGUCAUCAUCUCCAUCGCUCACUUCAAACAGCUCCAAACACCCACCAACAUACUGGUGAUGUCUCUGGCUCUGGCGGAUCUGCUGCUGGGAGUGAUGGUGAUGCCGUUGAGUGUCAUUCGCUCUGUGAACGGCUGCUGGUACUACGGAGAUGCCGUCUGUCUGCUUCACUCCAGUUUUGACCUGUUUCUCACAUCUGUGUCUAUUCUUCAUCUCGUUUGUAUUGCUAUAGACCGAUAUCAAGCUGUGUGUCAUCCACUUCACUACCAUAGACGAGUGACCGUACCUGUUGCAUGGGUCAUGGUGCUGUUAAGCUGGAGUGUAAUUGCUUUUUAUUCUUACGGUCUACUGUAUUCAAAAGCUAAUGUGGAAGGACUAGAUGAAUUUCUUGCAUCUGUAUACUGUAUGGGAGGUUGUAGUCUGUAUUUCAAUGCAUUAUGGUCAGCUUUAGACACAUUCAUAACUUUUUUCUUACCCUGUUCUGUCAUGAUCGGACUGUAUGUGAGGAUUUUUAUUGUUGCACAAAAGCAUUUAAAAGAAAUCGGUGAAUCACACCAGCAGGAACACGAGAGCAGGUUUAAGAGCUCACGACGAUCCGAACGUAAAGCAGCAAAAACUCUCGGUGUUGUCGUGGGAGCUUUUAUUAUUUGCUGGCUGCCAUUUUUUGUUAACUCUUUGAUUGAUCCCUACAUUCACUUUUCUACCCCUCCUGCUCUCUUUGAAACAUUUCUCUGGCUUGGUUACUUGAAUUCAACUCUAAACCCCAUCAUAUACGGACUUUUCUAUCCAUGGUUUAGAAAAACGCUUUAUCUUAUUGUAACACUGCGAAUAUUUGAACCCAACUCUUCUGAUAUCUGUGUCUUUACUGUUUAA